AUGCAGUCACAGAAAAUAGUAUACUCUUCACUAACUGACUCCUCCUUGCAAAGCUCAACAGAUUGGCAGGCCAAUGUGCCACCAAAAUACACUUUACAUUUCCUUGGAUUGGCUUACAGUCCUGUUGAAUCAGAAAAAACUUUAAAAGUACUCAUCAUAUGCUGCAAAGAUUGCUCAUCACCUCUAGCAAAUAACAUCAGGUCAUCUGCGGUGUCGAUUGUUGGGCCUUUUCCUACUGCUGUUACCAGCUUGUUGGAUCUUACACGGCUGGAUCUCCAUAAUAACAAGUUGACAGGGCCUAUUCCUCCUCAAAUUGGUCGGUUGAAGCGUCUUAGAAUACUAAAUUUGAGGUGGAACAAACUACAGGAUGCAAUUCCUCCAGAAAUCGGAGAACUUAAAAGUUUGACGCAUUUGCCUCAAUCCAUUCUGAAGCAUUUUAACAAACACAUGGAGGGCGCUUUUGAAAUUGUCGUUAACGAGAAAAGCUUUGAUAAUUGUGUUGUAUAUACAAACUGUAGGGUUCUGAAUUCGUUCAAAGACUCUACAAGCAUAGAUUAG